AUGAAACACACCUUCUCCUUGUGUCUCCUCCUCUUCGCUCUCUCUCAUGCCAGCAUCCCAUCUGUGCCUGAGAAUAUCACCGUCCUCUUGGAUCCUGCAUACAACAGAGCGAUCGUAGCUCGUUGGACGGAGGUCGACGGCAUCCUGUUUUGGAAUGUCCACAGGAACUGCAGCUCGUCAUCAGGACAGGAGACUUUCCGGGUGGUCGAGCCAGAGUUUGUGGAUAAUCAGAGGGAAAACUCGACCUGCUCUUACAGGAUACAAGCUUGUAACCAAGAAGGAUGCGGUCCUCUGAGCCAGCAUGCCAGCGCGACAUUCUCGACCCGACCCGACCCCCCGACAAUCCUCACCGUCACCCCAUCAUCCUCCGGCAUCCUGACCGUGACCUACUCCCCUCCUGCGAACCGAGGAGGAGGAGGCGGAGUGGAUGUGAAGUUGAACAACUUCGAGGUACAACUCUCGCAGACUCCUGACUUCACGACCAUCAUCAGCUUCUCUCGCUCAGAGGACGGGACUUCUCACUCCCAGCGCCUGCAUGCUCUCAAGGGCUCCUCCUACUUCAUCAGAGCACGCGCAGCAAACGCCAUAGGGUGGAGCGAUUUCUCGGUGUUCGUGGAGCCAGGGAGCAACAUGCCACUUGCUGUGAGGAGCCUCAGCGUCCCUGGCCCUCCCUCCUCCAUCGCUGCCGUCCUUCCCGUGGACGUCAGGACGCUGCAGGUCGACUGGGGACCGCCGUUGGACACAGGAGCAUGGGACACGUCGGAGGCUGUCCUGAGGUAUCGGGUAGAGGCAAGUCUCGACUCGACGUUUCAGCGGCUGGUGGCAGUCAAAGAGGUGGCGGGGAACGUCACUUCCGUCUUGCUCUACCGCCUCCCCUUGCAAGGCGUCUUCCUCAGAGUCAGCGCCGCCAACAUCGUCGGCUUCGGCAUCCCCUGGGUAGCAGGAGGGAGAUCUCCGACGGAAAUUCCCGUCCUCUCAGUCCCCAGCGCUCCUUCACUUGUCGCCUCCUGGACCUGCAUGCCUGCAUUCCUAUGCGUCGCUUUCCUUGGCCCCGGCGACAAUGGAGGAGGAGAAAAGAAUCCUUUCGCGCCUGAUCUGCUGGGCUUUCGUGCAGAAGCUUGUAGUCAUCUGGAGUUUUAUGGCUGUGUCGUCGUCGAGGCAAACUUGGGGGACGUGAUCGCAUGGUCGAGAGCUGAGCUCCAGCACGACCAGAAACCCAGCAGAGCCUUCAACUCAACUCUCUUCGUCGCGAGAUUCCCCAACAUCUCAGCUGGAACAGACACUUUCUUGCGCGUCUUUGUCCGGAAUCAACUUGGAUGGGGGAGAGCUGGGGUCUUGGACAAGCAGCUAUUGAACAUCACCAACUCAUCUCUCCCUUUCACCCUCCCUUCCCAGCUGGGUACAAUCUUUGACGUUUCUCAGCUCUUUGUGAACCCGUCGGUCGACAUCUCCAUCCUGCCGGAGUCAAAGUAUGACGUCUGGUCUGCCGCAGGUCUCCCCUCCCCUCCUCACCUUCCUUCCUCCUCCCUCCCCGAGCAUCUUCUCUCACCUCCGACUCUUUCUUCGCUUCUCCCCUCCCUCCCCUUCGACAGCAGCGGCUACUUCAUGCAUGCUCGAGUCCAUGGCGCAGUCGGAGCAGGAAGAGGAGUAGGAGUAGCCUCGACUUCAACGGUGUUCGGAGCUGGGCUCCAGCUCGGAGGCGCAAACUUGUCCGGGUUCCUUGAGCUGCCCAACGUGCUGCGCGAGUGCGAGAGAAGAAGCUGUGAGGCGCUGCUGAACGAGACGGGAGGAGGAGUAUGCUUGCCAGAGUUCUGUCUCCCUUCCCUCUCCGUGCUAAAUCCGCAGGUCGAUGGGAUCAGCGACUGGUCGUUGUCUGUCUGGUUUGCUAGCGAGGAUACCGCAGUCGCGCAGGUCAUCGCAGCCAUCCCCUCCGUCUCUUCGUCCUUUCUCGAGGACGCGAACUUGGCGAUCGUGCUAGAGGGAGGAAGCGUCUUCCUUGUUCUGAUGGCGAUCAACUACUCACAAGAAACAGUUGCCGCGGUCCCUUCCUUGCCCGAAACGUCUGGCCCCAUCCUGCUGGGCUCCUGCAACUGCACGAGGAGGAAGGACGGGUCGUCUUUGGGCUUCCAAGGGGUCCUGGAUAGCCUUGAGAUUUGGGAUCGAGUGGUGGUGGAGGAGGAGGUAAAGAAGCUGUUCCGCAGCGGGGGGGAGGGGAAGGAGAUCCUCCCAGAGGCAACGAGGCUGUGA